UUUAGGUUCCUUUUCCACAGUUUAUCUAGUGAAAGAUGUUCUUCAAAAUAAAGAAUACGCAGCGAAGACGUGUAACAAAAGUUUUAUUCUAAGAGAGAAAAAGAGUUCUGCUGUUAUGAGGGAGAAGGAGAUAUUAGUUCUUGUUAAGGAUAAAUGGAAUCCUCGUGCACCUUUCUUUGUCAAGCUCAUCACGUCAUUCCAGGAUGAGGAGAGUUUAUAUUUUAUUUUAACCUAUGCUGAACGUGGCGAUUUCUUUACAUUCCUCAAAAGAGCUUUUAAAAAAGGAAUCAAUGUAUCUCGGUUCUACUCUGGAGAAUUAAUUCAAGCUCUGGAACAUCUUCAUAAUAUAGGAAUCGUUCAUCGUGAUUUAAAACCUGAAAACCUUCUUCUAACCAGGGAUAUGCAUAUUCUACUCACAGACUUCGGUAGUGGGAUGAUUCUUCGGAAAGAGGAGGUUGAUAGAGUAGAGGAGGAGAUAACAGUAAAUAGAAGAUCUAGUUUUGUCGGAACUGCACAGUAUGUUAGUCCAGAGAUGCUUACAAGCAAAGGUUGCAGCCCAGCCUCUGAUCUAUGGGCUGCAGGGUGUAUAAUUUACCAGAUGGAAUCUGGAUCUCCUCCUUUCCAAUCAGGGUCCGAGUAUCUAAUAUUCCAGAAGAUUUUAAAACUAGAAUACAGCUUUCCCGAUCAAUUUAACUCAGAGGGCGCUGAUUUGGUAAAGCGGUUACUAACCCUAGAACCAGAGAAGAGAUUAGGGUUUACGGAUAUCUGUGAUCAUGUUUGCUACAAAUCGAUAAAAUCUCAUCCUUACUUCAGGGAUUUAGAUUUUGAGAACUUAUACAGAACUCCUUCUCCCCACCUGGAUCUGUACUCAGACAUGUACAUGGAGCAGGAUCCGGUCUGGGAUAAGUAUCCUGAUAUGACUCCGGGGUUGGGAAAAUCUAACACGGACAGAUUGUUCCGUGAAACCUUGGACGAGCCUGGACUCACAUCUGAGGAGGAGGAGGAGGAGGGAGAGCAGGAUCUUAGUAAUCCUUGUUAUAGUCUUACAUCACAGACUUCAUGUAUACCAGAGUCAGGAGAUAUGAACGAUCUGACCUCCGAGGAUAGAAAUAAACUGCUGGAGGAACAGAAGAAAAAUAAUGAAUAUCACAGAUUUGUAGAGAACAACCUCAUACUUAAACAAGGAUUGCUUGAUAAGAAGAAAGGACUAUGGUCCCGAAGACGAAUGUUUCUUCUGACUGAAGGUCCUCGCCUCUUCUAUGUAGAUCCGAAGGAGAAAAUUCUCAAGGGCGAGAUACCACUGAGUGCUAAAACAGAGACAGAGAUGAGAGAUUUUAAAACAUUCUUCGUGAUAACCCCUGACAGACGUUAUCAUCUAACUGAUCCUCAGAGUUUCGGAUCCCAGUGGUGUAAAGCAAUCGACGGGGUUGCAGCUUACUACUUCAAGAAAACAGUGGAAUAAGUCCAUUCUUUUGCAUCAACGAAGAUUCAAAGUAUCCUUGAGACUUAAAGGGACUGUAAGCGUAAUUUCAAGUGACCUUCCAUUGAUAGAGUGGCAUGUCCGAUGACAACGAUAUUUUUUAAACCUUUGUUUGAUCAAGGGUUUCGAAGAUAAUCUUAUUUAUAUAGCGGGAAAUUAAGCGCCCAGAAACUUCGCGAUUGUACACAUAGCACGAAGUGUACAGUGUACACUGUACAGUGUUUAGAAACAAAACACUGUACAGUGUACACUAUACACCUCAAGGAUCCCUACACUCAAUCUUCAGGUAUACAAUGAGGGUUUCUACAGUUGUGGAUCGGACAUGAAUCUUUAAAAAUGUAAGGUUACUUGAAAUUACACUUACAGUCUCUUUAAAGGAUAUCCCAACGUUUCGACGCAACGUUUAUAUUCAGUGAUCAACCAUGUUACCCUUUAAACAUUUAUCUCAGAAAGUUUAAGAUUUCCUUGUGUUUGUUGCCUCGAGAUUCAUAUCCUUGCGCUUUGGUGUCAUCUAAAACGACGUCAGGAUUUACACGGCAUAAAUACUUAGCCACCAUUUUUAAUCUUAUGCUGAUUUAAUCAUGGGAAAUACUUCAUUUUUAUUUGAAAUCAAACUCUUUUUUUUUUUAGAAGUUAUGUUACCAAUUAGUUAGAACCUGAGGUCUAAACUAAUCUGAAUUAUUUUGCAGUCCUACGGAUUAAGUUUAUUUAGAUUUUGAAUAUCCUGAGCUGGGAACUUUUGAAUGGAUAAACUAUAAUCCUUACUUCUUGAUCCGAAUA